AUGAGCUGGAAAGAACAGAACAAGACGUAUCAGAUCCUCAAAGCCGCCGAGGAGGGCGGCUAUGGUGUGAUUGCGGCCAUUGCCUACAACAUCGAGCAUGUCAUCGCCUUCGUCCGAGCCGCAGAGGCCAAGCGAGCUCCCUUCAUCAUCCAGGUGUUUCCCUGGGCCAUCACCGCCACCGAUGGGCUGCUCAUCCACGUCGCCGCCCAGGCCGCCAAGAGCGCUUCGGUGCCCAUCGCCAUCCAUCUCGACCACGCCCAAGACGAGAACAUGAUCCGAAAGGCCGCCGACGAGCUCCCGUUUGACUCCAUCAUGGUCGACAUGUCGCACUAUGAGAUGGACGAGAACCUGGCCAAGACCAAGGAGCUGGUUGCUUACUGCCACGCGCGCGGCAUCACCACCGAGGCUGAGCCUGGCCGCAUCGAGGGCGGCGAGGACGGCAUCGCUGAUACUGCCGAUCUCGAGGGUGCGCUGACGACCGAGGAGCAGGUCGAGGACUUCAUUGCCACGGGCAUCGACUUCCUGGCGCCUGCGUUCGGCAACGUCCACGGCGAGUACGGCAAGCGAGGCCCCGUGCUGGACUAUGACCGACUGGAGAUGAUCAAGAACAAGGUGGACGGGCGGGUACGCAUCGUGCUGCACGGCACCAACGGCUUUCCUAACGACAUCAUGCAGCGAUGCAUCGGCGGGCGCAUCUCCAAGAUCAACGUCAACAAGCUGGUGCUGGACGACUACCUGGUGUUCCUCAAGGACAAGGCGCCGGGCAUGGCCGUGACGGGGGCGUUUGAGCAGGCCAUUGAGGAGACCCGGAGGCUUGUGGAGUGGCAAAUCGAUGUUAGUGGUUCAGCCGGAAAAGCUUGA